GGAAACCCCUUCYAGGUUUCCAUCCUUCAGGUCAAUCCCGCCUCUCUGCAGCACCCAAGUGCUGAAGUGAGAGAGUAUGCCUGUGCCAGUAUUUCCAAGCUGUURCAGCAGGAGCACGUCAUCCCAGCCUUCGUGCAGAGGGAUGUGGUGCGGUGUUUGGGACCGUUGCUGAUGGAUCACAGUUUGGCUGUUCGGGAAACGGCUGCGGGUGCUCUGCGAAAUCUAAGUGCUUGUGGAGGAUUUGAUGUCUGUGAUGACAUGGUGACGAACGACAUCAUGACACCCCUGGUUGCACUUCUGAAAGAGUGCAGCACUGGACUAGAUGCUAACCAGCUCUCUCCAAAGAAAUGCAAGGAAAUGAACAAGAAUUAUAUUGAAGACAUAGCCAACGARGCUAUUAAUUUGCUGUGGAAUAUAUGUGAAUGCAACAAUACUGCCUUAUACAUAUUCAAUAAAGAAGGAUGUCUGGAGGCUGUGUUGCAUUACAUGAAGAAGUUUGCCACAAAUGUAGAUCUGGCCAUUUCAGUAGCAAACUGCUUGCAGGCAGUGACRGAAGAUAAUCCAGAUCUUCUCUCUUCAUUUAAUGUUUCUGCACAACAAAUAUUGGAAACAGUGAUGUUGUGUCCAGAGAGCACCAUGAAGCACAUCCUUCUGAGAACACUGAUAGCAGGCACUAUUUGGAAUAUAAAGGAUACCAUUCCACCAGGCAGCCUGGGAAGCACAGUUAAUGCAAUCCUGAAGAUAUUUUCAGAAUCAUUGGCAAUAGACGCUGGUGAAACAAUUAUUCAUAUGAAUGGAGCUGAAAAAAACAGRUUAAAACUUGCUGUGGAAGCAGAAACAGAGGAAAACAUGAGUGAUAUUACAGAAGGCUGUGUUUUGAGUGAAGAUGAUAACAUGGAAGAAAUACCAAAAGGAAAACUCAGAAGAGAAAAUGACAUUUCAGAUUUACUCCCAUCUGAUAAGUGGGAGCUGAAAGAAGUGACAGCUUUACUGACGGCUCAGCAGACUGCUCUGGAAAUCAUUGUUAAUAUGUGCUGCAGUGAAGAUCCCUCUGAUGAUGAGUGGGAAGAACUCUCCAGCAGUGAUGAGAGUGAUUUGUUCAUGGAAAACUCAUACAAUGAGGGGAGUGGGCUGCUGCUGUCACCCYURUGCCUCUCUGAUGAGGUUAACUCAGCCUUUCUGAACAACCUCAUUCCAAAGAAGAUUCUUGAAAAAACUGCUUUUCCGAACAGUGUUGCUCUAGACAUCUGUAUGCACAAUCCGUCUUGGAAACCAUUAAUUAAAAAACUGAACGCAGUGCAGUGUAGAGCUUUAACGUGUCUUCACAGCAUUUUGUUGGUGUCAGAUGUGGAUUGCCUUGGGGGAGCUUCAGCACUCCAGUCCCUCGCACAGCAUCUCUCMCAGCUGAUCUUUUCUAGAACAGAACUCCCUACAGACACAGAAUUCCUGGAAGCYGUAACGAGUGCUUUGAGGGCACUUCUACAAACAAUGGCAUCAAAGAACAUCUCCCAGUGUAUGACUCCUGAGCAGUUAUUGGCUUUGUGUGAGGCUGGUAUUCAAAGCAACAAUGCCAGUGUUAGAGUGAAUGUGGUGAGCAUCCUUGGAAUUUCUGGCAGUGUCCUGGCAAAAGAACAAGAUACAGCUGAAACUCUGAAGAUGAUUGGAAAAUUUCUUCUUGAGGUUGCUAUGAAGGAAUCUUCCCUUGUGGUGGCAGGGGAAGCCUUGGAUGCACUUUUUGAUGUAUUUGCAGAUGGCAAAGAAGCAGAAAAGGCAGCGUUACAGAUCAAGUUGCUUCCAACACUGAAGGAGUUUCAGCCAGUGUUCAGAAUGAGGAUGMGAAAAGAAGGCAAAGGACUAUAUAGUACAGAUCAACUGUGUGUUCUUGACAAUGUGAAGAUGAAUUUGAGAAGAUUCAUUGCAUAUCAGGAGACACUAGGGAAAACCCCAACUUGAAACAUCGAGGAACUUUUAAGGUUUUCCUUAUUGARUAAUGUUUUCAAAAAAUACAACUUUUGAACUUCCAAACUUURCUGAGCAGAGCAGUUUUGCUUUGAUGUUAAUGCUACAUUUUAUAACAUUCAGUAUUUUUAUACUUUUGGGUUGAUGCAAUAUGAAAGACAUAUCAGCGUAAAAGCCCCUUGUGGCAUAUCCUGAUACUGUUGGGGUGAUAAGGAGGUGCUCUUUCAGUUCUGAGACCUGUACAUAGCACCAAUGUCAUUGCCCAGAAAUCUUCGUGUACCCUGGCAGAAAACUACACUUGGGUGAAAAAGUAAUUUAGAAAAUAUUCUCGGUCAUGUGAUAGAUUAAAAAAAAGAAAAAGGUAAAAGCUCAAGAUAUAUUUCAGGGAAUUGAGCAGUGGGAGAAUGUUCAUAAUUGCUAUUUGCUCUUACCUGUUCCUAGAAUUGCACAGGCACUUAUGGCAGAUUUCCCAAAAGAUGUGUGUGACAAACAUGUAAGUUCCUGUCAGCACUUGGAUCUGUUAUGUCAUGUGGUUCAUGAGGAGAAAGUUGUUUCAGAUUCACUUAUGAUAAAUUCAGUAUGGUAGCUUUUUGCUGUGGAAAUCAGUGUAAGCAGAUCCUAUGCUUAGAUGCAGCUCCCUCUCUUUAUUUUGAUUGGUAUUUCUGAAAAUUGUCUCCUACUUUACAUUCUUCCUUGUAAUUCUACAUCAGGAUGAGUUUGAAUUCAGGAAGGUAGUAAACCUAAAAGAAAGUAUUUUUUAUACUGAGAUAUUACCUGAAGUAAAUAUAUAUUUGCUUAAAAUACCUUUUGCAAAUAUUUGUGACGGAGAUUUUUUUAAACUGUAAAAUACAGAAACUAUUUUUUAAAAAUAUUGGUGAUUUAUGCAAAUUGUAUGUGAGCUUCCAUAUAUCAAAAGCUUUAAUUUUGUUUCUGUGGGUGAGAUCCUCAUACGCAUUUUUCGUGGAAAAAAACCCAUAACCAAACGCAAAAGCAUUUUGUUAUGUUGGUUUUUGAAAUGGGAGGUUUUUUUYCUCCCCUCUCUCUAUGUGCUGCCUUUGCUCAGGUAUCCAGUUUUUGGCAAAUUUUUUCCCAUGAUAAAAGCAUGGAACUUAAAAAGACCAAAUUUGCUCGUUUUGUUAGAUUUCAGUCUCUAAGUUGGCUAAGCAGACUUGAGAACUGACUGGUAACUUGCAAAUGACUGACUUUCUGAAAUCCUGACAUGGUAUUUUGUCAAAUGCAAGAGAAAGAUCAGUUUAAGCAGCUGUACUGCCUGGAAGUCCUGUUACUGCUGUUACUUGCAGGAGUCGAUGAAAUGUGUGAUGUGAUGCCUGCCAGUCAAAUGAGUAAGAGGGUGGGACUGGGAGGGCUCAAGGGCCACUGGGGCUGGCCUAAAGAAAACCAGAAAUCAUGAGCAUGGAGUGGUUGAAAGGUUAUCCAGGGAUUUGGCAGGGCAGGCAGUGAAGAGGUCUGGAGUGUAACAGCUGAGGAAAGGUGGAUUAUGGCAUAAUACCCUACAGUGUGUGGAUUUAAUCCUGCUGUUAGUUACACUUGCUGUACACUGAGGAUAGGAUACUCUUAGCCUGAUGAAAGGUAUUAGUAUUUGUUUAGAGCACUUAAAGGAAUUCCAUGUGAAAAGUUCUGCUCUCRUUUUCUGAGUCCUGAGUUGAGUUGCAGCAUAAUCUAGAUUGGAAAGGCUCUCUGGAGGUCUCUUAGUUUAGUCCUCUGAUCAAAGCCGGGCUGGCUUGGGAGACAAGUUGUGCUAGGCCUGAACAUCUCCCAGAAUGGAAAUUCURCAUCUCUGGACAGCCUUUUUUCGGGGCUUGACUAUCCUUGCUAGAAACACUUUUUUUUCCCCUUUUCCCUCUUGUGCCUUGUGGGACUUCCCCCURCUGCAAAAUGUGCCUCUUGUCCUUUGACUGCGCACCAAGAAGAGUCUGGCUCAGUCUCAUAACCCCCUCUGGGUAGCUGAAAACAGCAUUUAUAUUUCCCUUUUCUCCAGGCUGGAUGAACCCAGCUCCCUCAGCUGUUCCUCAUAURCCCUCUCCUCUCACCCUCCAAASAUCUUAGUCCUUCUGCUUGACCUGCCCUAGUGUGUCUUGUGCAGAGGGCCCAAAGCUGGACACGCUACUCCAGAAGUGAUCCACUGGUGCUGAAUGGAGGGAAGCACUUGGUUUUCUUGUCCUGCUGCCAUGCUCCUGCCAAUGCAGCCUGCUAUUUGUUAGCUGUUGUCACUGCAAGGGUGCACUGCUGACUCCAGUUCACUGUUCACCAGGAUUCCUUGGUCCUUCUCUUCCAAGCUGCCUUUUGGUUAUUCAGUCAAGAGCACUGUCCCAAGUGCAGGACUUUCCAUUUUACAAGUUUAGCAGCCAGAAUCUGUUUCCUGGGGACUGUUAGAAAACCAAAGUAUGUUGGGUUUUUUUCAGGUUUUUCUUUUAGGCUGAUAAUGACAAGAAACAUUUCACCUACAAAUACAAACCUGAAAGUUGCAGAUAAAUAUACAGAGGAUAGGGCAUCCACUAGAAAACAUGGUUUUCUUAAUAUAAUCUAUCAGACCCUGUUUUUUUCCUUCAAGUGAAAAAACACACUGACCUUUAGAUCUUUAUUCUGGCAAUAUAAAUACACAGUUUUGAUUUUUUUUUGCUAUGUACUAAUCAGCUGAAUGCCUUGAAAAAAAGUUUUCAUAAUGAGAUUGGUGCAUGGUACAAACCAUAUGCAAGACAAGGCAAGUUGUGAGUGAUUUAAAGAAGCGUCUGAUCAGGACUAAAGCCAGAUGAAUACAAAAGUGCUAAGCUACAAAAGUUCUAACACAACUAGGGAAAACUAAGGCAGCAGCAGAAGUGAUGAUAAUGUGCAAAUCCAAUGUUUUGGGGGCUCUUUGAAUACUGGUUAUUAAAUAGGUCUGGGGUAAGCUUCAAACAAGAUCCUUGACAGCCUACAAAGGGGAAGAGGGAUCUUGAUACUUUGAGACAAUGUGUAGCAUAAGUAAAUAGAUACUAAAUAGAUACUAAAUAGAUGUAAGUGAUCUUCAUUGGUUAAUCUAAUCACACAGAUAAGACUGGUAUCAAAACAGGUAUCUGAAUUUGGUUGCUUAUUCCGGUCCCUAAGGCAUCAUCUGUCUGUGCUUCAGUUAAAACCCGCAGUCAUUGGAAAGCAUGGAUUGCUGCUUUGCUUAUGUCCCUGUCUGGCACUGAGCACAACAGACUGCCUCAGAGGUGAGAUGGAAUACAAAAAUAGGUGCUGAAUUUACCUUGGUCUGUGGUACCGAGUAAAUACUGUGGAGGGGACUGUGGGUCCCCUGCCCUGUUCAGGAGCAUUUUCUGCUGCCCUGAUCUCUACAGCCUGCAAAAUGUCAAAUCCUCAGCUGUGGAAAUAAUGAGUUAUCAUUUGUGUGGUUUUAUUCUUGCUCUCUAUGAAAAGAAACAAGUGGCAAGAUUUAAAUGUGCCUUUGUUGUGAAGUACGUUUUGUACAUCAUGCCUUGACAUUYGGAAGACAGCUGUAUACCACAGUCAGUAGUUUAACUUUUUGGGAGUUAUGCUGGGUGACGAAGGUAAUUUUUUGCACAGUAUGGGCUUUUUUUAAAAAAAUAUUGUCUUUUUAGAGGAACAAGAAUAACUUCAACCAGUACUACUUGGCUUGGUUUGAUAUUUGUAUUUGGAGAGACAAAUAUGAAAAAUGAAAGCACUGCAAAAUACAAAAUGAGAACUCUGUUGGAGAACAAAUGAAUUUAAAAUUAGUUUGCAGUUUAAGUAUUAYAAAUGAAAUUCAUAUCUUGUGGAGUAUUAACAUAAAACAACCAACCAAAAAGGCCCAUAAACACAAGUUCUGUUUCCUUAGUAAGGGGUUUUCAAGAAAAACAUUCCCGAGGACUGGAUAGAAACAUCUAGCCUUACAUUUACUGUUGCAAAUUCCAAUUUCAGGCAAUAGUAGUGGUAAUUGAAAAUAAUGUAAUUGUUCCUUUCUGGCACAGGUGACUUGAGCAAACAAUCUAUCUAUAGUUUGUGCUGGACAAGUUAUUAAAUUAUAUAACUUUAAGAUAAUUGGCAGAAUCUGAGGUCUCUGACAGACACAGCAGGUUGAGGAGCUUGAAGUUUUUCCACCAGGGCUGACACAUGGUGAGCCUUUCUGUAUGAAAAAGCUUUUACUUGAGCAAUGGGGUUUUUUUUUAGACAAAUUUUCAGGUAAUUUAAAACUAAUAAUUUUUGUACCUUCUGGGAAAAAUUGAAGGCAUUUAAGUCAAUUCCCUUCAAUUUCAGUUUGUUUCUGUAUAAUUCCUGUAAGUUUCUUGUUUCUGUGAGAGGCAUUUAGUCAAACAUAURGACAUAAUUCAGUGACCACGUAAAACAUUGUUUGAGACUUGCACACAUGAGGAUAUAAGGAGAUGCUUUUUUCUUUCAGAUCAGGCUGUCAGGAACCUCUUGCAUUACUGUUCCUUUAUGGGUUUAAAUCAAACUGCUUGGGAACUGAACUGCSAUCCCGCUGGAAUGUCUGCUGUUGGAAUGCUUGUGGCUGCUGCAUGUUCUCACAAUGAGGGUCCUGCUGCAGCCCUGGCGUUGUGAGGUGUUCACAUAAAUCCCUGUACCAUGCUGAAAGAUGUAUUGGGCUUUCAGUAAGCCUUCUCCUGGUUUUGUGUUUGUGCUAUGAUAAAAAUCCCAUGGAAAAUUGUUUUCUUUCUCCUCUGACAUGUCAAUUUAUUUUUUUUUAACUCUUAAGGAAUAUUGCAUUGAYGUCUUUCCUUCUCCCUGUCCCUUCAAAUGGAGAGUGAAAAGCACUUCCAGAACUUAAUGGAAGAAUGGCUGAUUCAGCUAGUAAAUGCAUGAUGUUUCUAAAUAACCUUUUCUGGGAUGUUCUCUUUUUAKUAAAUAAAAGAGUUAAAAUUCAAAGUGGUGAUUAAAAAAACCAAUUUGACCAUAUUAAAAUGUGGSUUUUGUUUGUUUUUUAUGCCCCCCUGCGCAUACUUGCUAAUCUAAAGCAUUUGUGUUACUACACCGCCUGUGUUGUGUCCUGGCUAUAUUUGCUUGGGACUAGGGUUGCUACCAAGGAAUCCCAUAAAUCAAUAAAUCUCAGCCUAUAGAAAACUUGUUUGCAUAUAUGUGCUAUGAGUGUAGGCUAAAUCAUGGAUUUUUGCAGAAAGAGCUUUAUUAAAAAAGGGAACAAAUUUUUAUUUUUCCUGUUGUGCUCCUUUUAUUUGACUUAGACUUUUCUUCAUUGCAUUUUAAAAAAAAUUUAAUUGAAACCUUUUUAUUUGRAUUUUUGAUGUGCAGAGAACAAAAUUUAGACCCUUCUUGUUACCUUUUCCUGCUACGCUUAUAAUUUUCAGAAUAACUGAAGAAUGUGGGGUUGGAAAAUAGGGUUAUUCAUAUUGGUUAUUCCCCAAUUCCAAGAUUUGUUCAAGUCCCACCAGUUUCCACUUGGCUUUCAGUAGUAGUUUUAGGUGCAGGUCCUAAUUUUCAAAGCAAUUAAGUUUGUCAACUCAAUCCCCAAAUUUCACCCUCUUGCUGUAGUUCAUUUUCUCUUGGGCAAUGUAGAUCAGACAUGCUGUGACACAACAGAGGAGUGCUGAGGACAGUAUGUUCCACUCUGGGAUAGUGGGGAGAAGCCAGAACUUCAGUCUUUGGUUGUCACCAGGAAUGGUGCUAAGUCUUCUUUGCACAGUAUCACUUCAUAGAAUGCGACUUCUUAAUUCUAAAUCCUCCACCUCCAGCCUUCUAAAGAGAAAUCAUCUCCCAUGCAAUUCUGAAAGUGGGGGAAGCACCAGGCCUUUCAUGCAGAAUGCUGGAAACUUUGUAGCUGAUAUUAAAGAUGUUUUAGGCUGUAGUAUGAAAACACUAAAAAUAAAACCGAGUCUAACAAGA